UGCCAAGGAAGUGACCUCACUGUCACGUGGUCAUCCACAGCAGCGUUGGCUCAUGAUUGGGGAAGCUUCUUUCUACUAUAACGCUUGAAAAUAGUCCUCAUGGCGACAGAGGGUGUGGAAACCACGAGUGAAGAUGCUCCAGCGGCUGGGAAGGUCAGCACCAGGUAUGACCUGGAGAAGGAGACAGAACUUCGGUUCGAGGUGGAGGCAGCAGAGGCGGCAGAACAAGUUGACCUGGAGCUCCUCACGGGAAUGGCUGAGGUGUUUGGUUCAGAGCUGAACCGCAGCAAGAAGUACGUAUUUGGACCAGGAUCUAAGAUUGCAGUUUUCACCUGGCAAGGCUGCAGCGUCAACCUCUAUGGCAAACCAGAGGUGGCUUAUGUGUCCAAGGACACUCCCAUGCUGCUCUACCUGAACACACACGCUGCCCUGGAACAGAUGAGAAAACAAGCAGAGCGGGACAAUGAGAGGGGGCCGAGGGUGAUGGUGGUUGGACCCACAGAUGUGGGGAAGUCAACAGUAUGCCGUCUGCUGUUAAGCUAUGCCGUGAGAGUAGGCAGGAGGCCGACACUAGUGGAACUGGAUGUGGGACAGAGUGGGGUGUCAGUGCCUGGGACAGUGUCCGCACUGUGCAUCGAGCGUCCGGCAGACAUAGAGGAGGGUUUCUCAGUUCAGGCUCCAUUGGUUUACCACUUUGGCUCAACUACCCCAGGAACCAACAUCAAACUUUACAACAAGCUGACGUCAUGCCUGGCUGAGGUGUUUUCCCAGCGGUGUGAGGUGAACAGGAAGGCCAGCGUUGGAGGCUGCAUCAUCAACACCUGUGGCUGGGUGAAGGGCUCUGGAUACCAGGCUCUGGUCCAUUGUGCCUCUGCCUUUCAGGUGGACGUGGUGCUGGUGCUGGAUCAUGAGAGGCUGUACAAUGAACUCAAACGAGACCUCCCUCACUUUGUCCGGGUUGUGCUCCUACCUAAGUCCGGUGGGGUGGUGGAGCGCUCCAAAGAGUGCCGGCGGGAGACUCGGGAUGAGAAAAUCCGCGAGUAUUUCUAUGGCUUCCGAGGUGUGUCCUUCUACCCUUUUUCCUUUGAGGUACGUUUCUCAGACGUUCGCAUCUAUAAGAUCGGGGCACCAUCUAUCCCAGACUCAUGCCUGCCACUGGGAAUGUCUCAGGAUGACACACAGCUCAAGCUGGUGCCUGUGACACCAGGGAGAGACCUCACGUAUCAUGUGCUGAGCGUGAGCAGUGCAGAGGACGUAGAGGAAGGGACAAGAAAGGAUAUAGUGGAGAGCCCUGUGCGUGGCUUCAUAGUGGUGACAAAUGUAGACACGCAAACACAGGUAAUGAAAGUACUAUCCCCAUCCCCCCGACCACUGCCCGGAUACACACUGCUUAUCAUGGACAUCCGCUUCAUGGACACGAAAUGAAAUAAUCCUUCAGGAAAGACGACACCGUCGCACAAGAAGUGGGACUCGUGUUCGGGACGAAUUCUGCUGAGAAGUUGUUUGUACCAGAGGACCUGGAUUUGGUUUCCAAGUGGGGGGGGUUUCUGCCUAGACAUUUCAAGAUUUGAAUAUGGACAUUGAUCUCUGCAGAUGCCGUUUGUGUUAGAUGAGGUUUUAUGGUUAGGGAAAUUAUUUUUGUGAUAAUCUUUUUUCUAAAGAAUGUCUUUUUUCAUGAUAAUAAAUGUUUUAAACAAAA